ACCGGCUCAAACCGGGUGCCGCCAAAUCGAACCCCGGUUCGAAUUCCGCACGGCCGUGGCCGCGAGAAGGAAACGCAAGGGAAACAGGAAGAGCAAGAAGAAACAGACGACGAAGACGGAAAAGGGGAAAAAAGACGAAGCAACGAGUUAGAAGAAGGUGGUCGAGGAAGGGUGGUGCGUCGGUGAGAGAGAAACAAGAGAAGUAAGGAACAGAGGGGCAAAAAGAGAGCACCCAAUAUAACGAACAUUGAAGCCUCGAACAAUUGGAUAAACUUUGGUGAAGAUUCCAACAUAAAGUUCCAUGUGCGAGGGAGAGAUUCUUGCAAACGUAAAAACAAAAUCGUAAAAAUCAAAAGUAAAAAUAAAAAAGAAAUGAUCCAGUCAUCAAAUGAAUCUAUCUAUCAAACUGGAUCUAGAAGAUAACUCGAAGGAUUUAAUUUAACUCAGAUAUAUCUGUAGACUUUCUGAAGAUCAGUUUGAAGAAUCUUGAAUACAGAAGAUAUUUUUUAAAAUCAUUGGAAGCACAACAGCGUUGCAACUACACAUCGAAUCAUUUUCAAGCAACAGAAACGAAAGGAAGACGGAAUUAACCUUAUAAUUAGGUUCAAAUACUCGAAUAUUUAGUUCUCAACAAGUAUCAAUACCAUGGAAAAGAAAUUUGAUAUUGAAAAUCUUCAACGUCUCAACGACUAACUACGUCAGAAAGCCAACCUAGCGAUCUCAAAUAUCAAAUCGAACAAUGCGAUCUAAUGUCCAACAGGAAGGAAUCUUCUUCAAAAUCCUCUCUGAAUAGGAUUUGAAAAGAAUCCGGUAAGAGAAAGAGACGAAGGAAGUAGCAAAUGUUUUCAAAGUUCACUGGAAACGGUUGGUCCCAAGUCCCAUGGAAAACCAGCUUCGACCCUUGACAGCAACUUGUGGCGGUAGAAAAAAUUCGUGCGCGAUAAAUUCGGAUCAGCGGCGCGAAUAAAUCCCGGCGAAUCGAAGCGAGAGGGAAGCCGGAAGCGGCGGAACAUCUCGGAUAAAAUGCCGGAGGACGCGCGAAUAAAUUGAAAGAAAUACACAAGGACAAAAGCAGCGUGCAAGAGGAGAAGGGGGCUGGGGCGCUCGAAAACGCUGAUAAACGCUUGAAUAAUGGGCAGGCAAAUUGCGCCGGAGGAACAACGCGUGAUAAACGAACGAAUGAUGCAAAUUCUUUCGGGUUUGGCGCGGACGCGCGGCAGCUCGAUGGAAAGCAUGCCGUUUCCGAUGAAAAGGGCCUUGUCUUACGAUCGAGCUGGUCGCGCGACGCUUCGAUCCAACUUGCAAUUUUUCUGGAAUUUCUACGCCCAUUUUUAUGGACAUUGAUUCUUGAGAACGAGGGCGUAGGUUGGAUGGAAUUUUCUUAUUCCGGUUUAUGGUUUGCAGGCCAGAGGAAGUGAAAGGUGUAUGUGAAGUUGAAAAUCGAAUGAUAGAGGAGUGGUAGGAGAGAGAGAGUGAGAGAGAGAGAGAGAGAGAGAGAGAGAAUAAUACGCGUGAGAAAUUUUAGAAGCGGGAUAGAAUUUGGGCCGAAUUUAAGAGCGUGAGGUUGGUUCUGGAAAAGAGAAGAAAAAGUCUGAUAUGAUCGAAGCGAAGAUUCUGAGAUAGAUAUUUCUGAAAAAUCUGAGAAAAUAUGAAAUCUUAAAAGAUUUAGAAAAGGGAAAGUGAGAGGAACAGGCUUGAGAGAAGUUUAAGUGAGAAAUCAAACAAUCAUUAUUUAACUUGAUUAUUUAACUCGAUGGAAUUCUAACAGAGGGAAAUUAACAAAUCCUGGAAUUACUGACAUGCAAUUAUUUAAGAACGUAGAAAAAGCGGGAAUAAAAUCUAAGACAAUUUCCAAGAUACAAAAUGAUUCCAGACAUCUAAAAUACAAUUCGAAAUCGAUAUUAGUUAUAUUGGUAACACCGAAAUAAGAUGCAAGGCAUCUAAGGUAGGAAGAAAAUUAAUAGAAAGGGAAAUUAAAAGACGUGAAAGUUAAUAUCCCAAAAAGAUUAGGGAAAGAACGAUUGGAGAUAGUUGGAAGGAAGAAAAAUUUCGAGAGAAGCCCAUAAAGAAGAAAAUCUGAGGGAAGUUCAGCGCCACAAAUCCAAUUUAAAAGCUUCACGUAAGAUUAAACGCCACUUGAACACGCCGCUUCUCUCUCUCUCAAGACUUUAAACUCGCUUCUUAAUGGCGCAAUAUGUUUUAACGCGUCCACGGGCAUCAAGUGAAAGUACAAACUGCAUGAAAUGGCUCACAGCUGAUCGUAAAGCUACAAGAAGACACAAGUAAAAAUCAACCAACGGAACGUCCCUCCUUGUUCCCCAUAAAACAUACAUUUUUGCUUAUUAGCAUUCUUCACUCGAAGACAACUGCAUCGAGGACAGUGAGUUUAAUCCUAAAGAAGUUUAAGUUUAAAGAGAAAAAAAGGACAUGUUACGAGUUUGUAAUCGGUAGACUAAGGAACACUUAGGUGAAGUGAAUUUCUUCUUCUCUUAUAUUUCGCUUCUUUUUUCAUUUAUCGUGACUGUGACACUGUCGAAUUAAUGAAAUGAUGGCGGGUACUGGUGUCAGAGUUGGUGGCGCUGGGAUGCUGAGGGCCAGGCGGAGAGACUGCAGCGUAAAACCAAACAGGAAGCUCGACCGGAAGUCCUCGAGAGGGAUGAUUUAUGAGAACGAAGAGCUGAGGCUGAGGACUAUUCAUAUUAACGCUGAAGUAGAGCAAGGUCAGAACGACAUCAAGAAGCUGCGCAGAGAGAACGAGCAGCUGCGUAGGGAGAUAUGGAGCCUCAGGGACGAGUACGACAAGCUCGAGGAGAUCCUGAAGAGGCAAAAGUGCCACCCAGAAAGCGAAGAAUACGAGGAUCGCUCCGAUGAGGAUGGCGGUCUGCAAUCUGAUUACUCCUUCGAGGAGGACGAAGAGCUCAGCGAGGACGGCGAAGAUACCACCAAGGAACCCGACAAAUCUGAGCAAUUAGACAACGCGGAAAAUCAGAAGAUUUCCACGGAGAAAAUGGCCAGUAACGGCCUCCAUAGGCUACAUGUAGACUUCGACGACUUAUCAGUGGUCGACGAAGAGGAGGAGCCGAAACGAGACAAGGAUAAAAAGGAAGCUUCUUCGGAAGAUGUUCUGCAAUCCAAAGAACAGAAAAGUCCACUUUCUAUCCUAAAGUCGAGGCAACUUCACGACAACAUCCCCUUCUGUCCUGGCGCCUAUCAAUCAUCGACUUGCUUAGGUAGCUCUGCUUACUAUAACGAAUAUCCUUUCAAGUUCCCAAGCACGCUAAACCUAAUGCUGCCUGGUGACGCAUCAACGAUGCUAACUUCUCCGUGUCCAAGAAUAAAUGCAGACCGAAUAGGCGCAAUAUCGAAUUUAGCAAGUCCGGCUAUGAAUGAAAUCAACGGUCAAAUAAUACACGCGCCUCCUGCAGGCUGGCAAAGUAACGUUAUAAUGCCUCAGACACAGGUGACCACGUAUGGAGCAACUGAUACUGACGGAACACCAAGUAUGCAGAGCUUUGCUACAAUUCACCAGGAGCAAUUAAAGCAACAAUUCGCAUCGACCAUCGGUGGUUUUUCUAAUUUUCCAAGCUUUGUGCAAAGAAGAGGCGUUGGCCUAAAACUGUCAAAUAAUCCACUCAACUCGACAUUCUUUGGAAAUAGUCGCCAGAAUUCGGAGAAGAUGAUUGAGAAUGGUUGGAGUACGAAUACAAAUUUGCCAAAUAUGAAGGGACCAACGGAUCUGAGUGCUAGUGAUGCAACGAAGAUAGAGACAGAAGAGAGUCCUGGGUUAUCGGGAGCCGAGAAACCGAAGCAUUUUUUUGCUCCACUGCCUUCGAAAUUAAAGAAACAGACUGAAGAAUCCUCGCCGACUAUCAGUCACUUUGGAACCGGGAAUAGCUCUAGUAGUGGCAAGACUGGAUCCACUGUAAUCUCGAAAAGUCAGUUCACAUCUCAGAAGGGAUCGGUUGAUCUGUACGUUGAUGGAGCAAUUCCAUAUGAGGGCAAUCUGCUGAGUGAUAAAAGUGAACAGAGGACGUUCCUAAGUACAGACAACUUACUAAUCGCUGAAGUUAAAUCAGGCACGACCAAUCAAUUGACAAAGUCGAUGUCGUGGCAGGAUUUGCCUAGUAAGUCUCAAACCGUUUCGGUCAAUCAAUCUAAUGGUAAGCAACAAAUAUUGACCCGAAGUGACAACACUUUGGACAAUAUAUCAGACUCGAAGCCAUACAAAUCGUACCUGAACGUCACUCUGAAGGCGCCUCGCGUGGAACAGGCGGUGAGUCCCGAUAUCCCAGAAAUCCCCAAGUUACCCACCAUAGACUAUCGACUCUUCAAGAACCCCUUUCUACGAAGUUUCGAGCCGUCUACCAGCUACAUGAACCAGAACAACGUCACCAGACCGCUGUCCGUCCAAGUGAACGAUGACAACCUGUGCUGCUACCCACCACAAUCUGAAGUGUCCAGCUUCAACAGAGUUCCUUUUUCAGAACGGUACAGACCAGUUCAGUCUGACAAGAACCGUCUCUUAAUCCCAUCUAACCAACUAAUGAAUGGAAAACUGAUGUCUCCAACGAGCAAGCCUCAGAUUCAGGUAACGUCUUUUGAGAGACCGAGUCCGCAUACUUUAGUAGGUCCACCUACUCCUUACGAAUUCAACACUAUGCGUAGGUUAAAUACCAAUCCCUAUUUACAUACACAGAAUUUGUAUCAGAACGUGCCAUUUUUGCCAAGAGGAGGCUUGUAUUCACAAAGAGGGAUGAUGUACUACGACAACCUAACAUUGAAGGUGCCAGCUCAGACGCAGACCUCCAUAGAUGGAGAUUCUCAUCAAGAAGACGAACACGUGUUUUCUCACGAGGAAAGUGUACCGAGUACACCAAGUGGACGUAGGAAGAGAACGAUCAGAAAAGAGAACUGUAGUUCCAAUAAGGAGCAAAAACCUGCGUCACCUACUGUUCAAAGGAAGUAUAAGAAGCAGAGUAGCGUCACGUCGUCGGAAGUGCCAGAGUCUCCUGGAAAAUCGACGCGAAAGAAGCCUACGAGACUUAGUAUCACUACGACUACAUCAGAGGGUCAGGAGGAUAAAAACGAGAGCAGAUCGUCUUCGUCUGGUCAAGAUUCGCCCAAGAAGGAACAGAUGAGAAGGGUGUCGCUCUACUUCAACGCUAAGAAGAGGCCUUCGUUGACUUCAAUGAGGACAGUUAGAAGUGGCAGCUUGGAUAUUGGUAGAGAAAAGGAGGCGAUGGUGUUGAAUUCAGAGAGGGAGAGGACUAAUUCUGUUAGCAGCAGAGAGAUUGGCAGCGUGAAGGCAAGGAAAGCAAGUACCAGCAGUGGAAACGUGCCUUGGUGCGCUUGCUGGGGCAACGGGUGUGUUUAGGGAGUCCGUAAUUGGUUUUAUUGGUGGCUCUGGCUGGAUCUAAUUAAACGUUCGAGUUUUGUUUAUGUUGUGGCUUGGCUUAUCAGCGUGUGGCCCUCGGGUUUCAUUUUAAUCAGCCUGGCCUGAUGUGGAUGGAAUGUCUUGCAGGGUCGAUGUCUUUGAGGAAUGUGAGAGUGUUUAGUUUAUUCGGUCUGUAUUGUGAGCCAACGAAUCUAUAGUUUGACCAAACGAGAGUGAUACUAAUUGUAAGAGGAAUUUAGAAUAAAUAGUCCAAACCAUCAGACUUCGUUUCUAAUUGUACGGUGUACUUUAAUUCGAUACAUAUGCAGUAUCGUUUUAUCAAAGAAAACUUUUUCCGCUCAUUGUUUAUGUAAAGAAUCAUCUAUUUAAUCGAAUUUCUACUUGUCAUUUAAUACACUAGCAAAGUAACUGAUUAGUUCCAUCGUUUCAGACUUAUGCAAAUUAUUGGUUCUAAAAUGAAACACUCUCGAAAUAGAACUGUUGCAGUAUCUCCUCUGAUAAUUAAAUUUGAUUAAAUAAUUAAAUAAGAAUAUCUUUGAACUUCCUCAAAUGCUUCUGUGUUACCAGCAACUUUAAUAGCACAUUUUCCAAAUGUAGACCUCAUACGAAAUUGUAAUAUUUUUAUUAUAAAUCAUUUCAGUAUUUCACACAUCUAUGUACGUGUUUUAUAGCAAAUUUCUUCAUCUUCGAUGUAUUUAGUAAUUGGCGAUAGAACGAAAUUAAAUGGAUAGUUUGUCCCACUAAAAUUCAAAGUUAAAAAAGAAGAGCGGUAUUUUAUAUGCACCGAUGUAAUAAUAAUUCUCUAUUCUUAAGUUGAGCGGAUUCUUGGAUGGCCAAGGAAAAUAUCGAACAGAGAGCUAGCAUGCUCCAGGAGGAGUCGUAUCGACCUUCACUUCAGCGUAACUAUACUAUAGGGCAACCGCUGUAGCCAAUGGGGGAGGUCGUAAAACUAGCGCCGGCAGAACCAGGACACCAUAAAACCCGUUACCGUUCAGGUGACAGUUGCAACCGUGGUGUUCUUGCCAGGAAUACGGAAGCACAGUCUUUGCCCUCUCACGAUGCUUAAGGCGCAAGUGGAUCGAAUUAGGGGAUUAAUAUUUAACGAGGAACCAGACGCGGAAAAGCCAGACCACGUCAAUGAUCGCCUCGAUAAAAGUUCCGUGAACUGUGCCAGUAAAAAGUCCUGGUAUUAUCCAAUUUUAUAUCGAUUACUAUUAAUACCGAUUCUAAGAAUAAUAGAAUGAAAGGAUGGAAUAAAAGUUCGAUUUUCUAUUCGUUCGACUAACCAGUUUGAAUUUAACCCUGCUGCCAUCUUCUUUCGUUUUCUUUAUAUCUUAAUCUCAUUUUUAUUUUAAUCGGAUAAAGAGCUUAUUAGUGGGAUUUAAGAAAAUUCGAGAAAGAAAAAACUGAAGAAAUUUCCUAACGGUAGAAAAAUACGACUGGGCGAAGAAUGAUUCAUAGAACGCGGUAAAGCUUAAGCUUCGACGUUAGUUGCUACGUUAGGAAAUAAUACGUCUGCGCAUUUAAUUUAAGCUUAAGGGACGAUAUUCAUUAAAAAUGUUCGAAAGUAUAAAUUGUUGUAAAGUGAAAUGAUGUCUGUUUGAUGUUUCAAAUCUUGCGUGAUUUCAAAUUGAUGUACGUAAGUCAGACAGAUUGAUUUUUAUUUAUAAUAUAAUCUCUAAGAGAUGUAAAUACAAUUUUAAAGUAAAGUUUAGAUCGUUUAGAAGGAAUAUUUAUGUUUGACAAUCGUAUAAAGUUUAUUAAAAAGUAAUAAGAUAAAAUGUAUUUUUCGAUGCGGGGUUUCGGAGUGCUGUUGUUUUAACAGAAGCCGAAGAAACACUGAUUUUUUUCAAUAGAUAAAUAAAAUCGUAAGAAAUUUAGUAAUAUUAUUAUAAUGUAGAGUAAUUGCAAUUUGUGAAAAUUUCUUUUACAAAUAUAUUCUCUUUGUACAUAAAAGGUAAGAAUUUCUUAAAAUAUCCUACGAAAAGAUGUAAAAAAUCAUUCGAUGUAAAACAGCUAUGUAAAAUCUCAGCCAAAUUGGCUCGACAAUAUUUUCUAAUAUUUCUAGUACUGUGCCUAGGAAAAUCCAAUCAACGGUUCCAACCAAAAUUCGUAUACGUGUAAUUAGCCAGAGUUGAGAGUAAAAUGCGAUAACUUCGUUACUCUAACAAUCUCCAAUGUGAAAUUUCAUACAAAUAUCCCAGAAAGAUUGUACUUUUCAAUAAAAUUAAUUUCGAUACGCUCAA